UUUGAAAUUCGAACUGAGCAAAACGUUUAAGUUUCUAUCCAGCGAAAACAAUCGCUUUGGAAUAGCCACCCAUUUUAUCGCAUUAAUUUGUAUUGCGAAAUCUUUCAUCUGCCUGAACUCUCAGCAUCUUUUGAUUUAACUUUCUGGAUUAUUUUUCGGAGCAUUGUUUCUGUAUGUCAGUUUGGUAUAGAAGAAGCUUCUUUCAGACGUUAAUGUUGCAUAUGAUUAAGGGCCCAGUUCAGUCAAGCGAUGAUGGUCUGUCUAUAAUCACGCACUCUGGCAACGAAUCGCAUGCUGUGACAUCGUGUCUUUCACAGUGUUUGCGCACGCAGUUGGACCAUAAUCACUGAUGGUUGUAGUAAUGAAAGUUUACAUAUCCAGACCUCUGUCAUGGCUGAAUGCACCAGCUUAUUGCCGAUUCCAGAGCUGUAGACCCGCAUCUAGUCAGCAGUAUACUGUGCCAGACCUCACCUUUGGUCAACUCUCCAAGUCAAGUCAACUUACAAGUCAACACAGUCAGCCUGACUGUGCGAGUUUAGGAGAAUAUCUGAUGCCUACUUCAAAUGGCCUCAAUGCAAAUGGCCCUCCAUGAUCCUGGAAAAAAUAGGCGAAGUGCUGAAGAAACAGAAGAUGAGACCGCCAGGAAAAAGUUCAAAUCAGAGGACAAUAUGGAGAAAUUGUGUAGUAACUAUAGUCACUAUGUAAAUGUAUUUAAUGAGUUGUUGAUGUUGACGGAAAGCCAGGAACCUCGGGUUUUGAGAAUAUUUCAUCGUCAAGUAGCUGUAACCAAAGAUUGCUUGGAUGAAUACGUAGACUACAUGUCCAAAACGGUUUGCAAAUCAGUUGAAUUUACUCCUAAUGAACCAUCCUCGGAAGGAAUCUCGUCAGACUUAGUGCCUUACCUCUCUAAUAAUGGAGGACCUGUUGUAUGUGUACCUAGAGUAAAUUUAAAUGAAGAAAAAGCAAAUUUGCCCAUUUUAAGUCGAGUUACAAGUGAGAGUACAUCUCCAAGCAACACCUGGAGGUCCAAGAAGUCAUUUCGUAAAGAGAGGCCUGGACCUGCCCCCUCAAAAUUGAAGUUAACUGUAAAAAAUGUGGAGGCGCACAAUGAGUAUCAAGAACCUUUACACUAUGCUUUAAAACGUAAAGUGCAGCCACUCUCAGAAUCAAGCUCCUCUCAUUCUGUCCAGUCUCUGAAUUUGAAAGAAAUUGAAACUGCACAGGAUUUUUCUGUUCAACUCUCAGGGAAGAGCCCGCAAAUUAAGCUUUUUAAAGUUGAUUCAAAACACGAUUCAAGUAAUGGAUCCAUUGAGCAGCCUCAAAUGGGAACGAACCCUCUAAAAACCACAAAUGAGGAAAGCUGUAACAAGAAUGAUUUAAAUGAUAAUCAUUUAAAUCUUAAUAGUGGAACAAAUAGGAUUUCAUCAAGUAGCCGUACAGAUGAUGAAUCGAUUUUCCUUAAACCACAAAAGGUGGUGACAGAAGAAAUCACGAAAAGUGUGAAUAUGUGUCAAGACAUCUUCAACAGCUCAUCACAUUGCAGCGGUAAUAAAGUUACCAAUCGGAAAAUGAAGAAAUCAGUUAAACAAGAUUCAAGUUUACAUUCCGCAAGUGAUCCAAAGGAUAAUGAAACCUGUUCUAUUGAACCAGCUUGUGGUGAUGCUAGGAAAGAGAUCCUCUCAAUUGACAACAGUUGUAGUGAAAAAACCUCUAGUCGUAAAUCUAAGUCCAGUGCUUUGAAAUCACUUUCGUCCUCAGAAAUGUCUGAAUCCAAUGCAGUAAACAAUGCUGUUGACAAAAGUAAAAUUCCUUUUUUGGGAAAUGAAGAGAGUGAACUUUUUACUGAAAAUGAUUCUAAAGACUUAGCCAGAGAAAAAGAGGAUGUUCCCAUCUUGUUAGAAGUCAAUGCCCAAAAAAAUUAUAAAACAGUGGAAUUAUCCACGCUAAAGGAUGGUGAUUGUUUUUCCAUCCUUCAUUUAAGUGACAUUGACUCCGCUCCACUUACCAAUUUGCGCUCUACACCCAAAUCACGGAUAUCUAAAUUGAAUCGCAAGCAUUGUCAUCUCAACUCUGGGGAAAGCAAUAAAGGAAAAGCAAAGAGCAAGACUGGUGAAAAGGUAGUUGAAAUCGGUCAAAGCUUAUUACCAGAGGAAACCGUAGCUCAACCCGAGCAAAUUAAAGAAAUGAAAUGUGAAAAAAUCAGAAAGAAUCGUAAUUCCUCAUUUGGGAUCCUUUCCCCGGAAACAAAAUUGCCUCUUCCCAGUUUCCCUCAGAACAGUUCAAGUGGUAACAUGACUAAUGAAAAAAAUUUCUUGUCUGAUCGCCUUGAACAUGAAUCCGCGCCUCUUGUUACCAAAAAUGUAGAGAAAUGCUCAUCAAACGUCAAAGAUAAGCCUUCAAACUGUAGUGAAGAAAAGAAGACGAAGAUCGAAUCAUCUGGACAUGGGCCCUGCAAAAGAAGUAGGAAAAAAUCUGAUAAUUUAAAUGCAGGCAACACCCUGGAAAAAUGCUCGAAUGACGAAUGGAAAGUGAGAGCUGCUUCACCCGACAAUAUGAUUCUGAAGAUAGGGAAAACUCAGAUUGAUUCAGCUGCGGUAGAAUGCAAGCAUCGGAAAAUUGAUGAAAUUACCACACCUGACAGCAAAGGAAGAUCCUGUAAUGAUUCAGUUAAAAUUGAGAAAGACCAUAAGAAAAUUGAUAGCCAACAAAAAUCUGACAAGAGUAAAAUAUCCGAAAAAAUAAAAAUUAAACUUAGAGAAAAAUCUGUCAAGCCUUCAACCUCAAAGAAUGACAAAAAAAUCGACCUGAGAAGUGAAGGCAAAAAAAUAAAACGAAAUUCGAAUUCGAAAACAGGUAUCCAGCCCUUGACCUCAAAUAAAAAAAGAAAAAUCGACCCUGCAUAUGGAGGCAAGAAAAUAACGCCUGAAAUAGCUAUCAAGCCUGAAACUCCAAAGAAUGAAAAAAAAAUUGACAAAAAAAUAACUUCAGAAAAAGCUAUCAAGCCUGAUCAAGAACAAGCCAAAACAAGCUAUCAGACAUCAGAAAACAUCAGAAAAAUGGACCUCAAAAAUGUAGGCAAGAAAAUUACGCCAGAGACAGCCAGACUCACUCCCCAAAAAGGUCUCGAAAAUACGGAAAAGACAAUCCCUACUCGGAGUCAAAUUGAAGGGAACAAGUCUGAGACAGUGAAGGAAGAAAAAACUGUUUCCAAGUCAAUUGCUUGUGCUGGCAAGAUGAAAUCAAGAAGAAAUACCACAGACGAGGAGUAUCAAGAGAUCUUAAAGCAUGUGGAAGAAGUUCUUGAAAGUGUCGUUGCCAAUGUCGAUGCUUCCAAAGAGUCUGAGCCAAAAAAGUCCGCACUUAAACAAUUGGAGGAUGAAUUGCAGAUCAGCACCAGUAGCAGUGAUGCAAGUCCUUCAGACUCCUCCAAAUGCACCACAUGCUCUUCUAGCGAUUCCUCACUCUUGAGUAUUGAAAACAAUCAAAGCGGGCAUGAUGACAUCAGCACCUCACAAGUCAAGCCUUCAAAUGAACCAAAAACGAAUAAUUCCAAGGCAAUUUCUUUAAGCCUGACAAAUUUUCAAAUACCUAAGAUAAAAUGUCAGCCGAGAGAACAUGAAGUCAUUGGUCCAAAGCAAACAUUCAACAGUGUCGGUGAAGAACGAAUUGAUGUUCUAAAGCAAGUGGAACCCGAAACUCAUCCAAGAACUGAGAGAAGUUUGCCACCUAAUGCGAAAGCUAUGAAUGAAAAAUUAAAACUGUCUCUUAAGAAACGUCUCAAGCCCAAAGAAAAGAUUCAGGGCAGUUCAAACGCAGUUCCACCUGUUUCUAAAACUGACAAAGAGGUUCAAGAAAAAACAGAGCUGAAGCCUGCUCCUUCGAGUAUCAUCAAAAAUUGUGACUCCCUCAAUGCAGCUCCUUCAGCUUCAAUCAUGAAUGAUCCAGCGGAUGAUUUUAUUUCUUUGACUGUCAGUGAUGAAGAGCUGGAUAAUUUAGAUGUUGCAAGUUCCAGAUAUUCUAGUCAUUUACCAGAUCUGGAGCCUAAGAAAUCUUCACAAAGAGAAAAGAUUUCAAGUUCCUUAGUUGCAGCAAGUUCUCAGAUUUCCCUUUCAACAGAGCCGGGUCCUCCUCAUUCGUCCUGUGAUGGCAGAAAUUCUUCCUCGGAAAACUCAACACUAGCAAGAGUAAAAAGAUCCAAUAGUGUCGACAGAAAACUUAAUUUUUCACCGGAGAGGGUCGAUUCUGGUCCUUCAUCUAGCACAAGGAGUAACUCUACCUCUGAAUCUUCAGCUCUAUUUCAGGAAGGCUCAAGACUACCGAGAGUAGAAAGAUCUAGAAGGGUGGACAGAAAACUUAAUUUUUCACCGGAGAGGGUCGAUUCUGGUCCUUCAUCUAGCACAAAGAGUAACCCUACUUCUGAAUCCUCAGUUCCACACAGAAAAAGGAGAGACUCUAACAGCACAUCCUCACAACUUGCCACUCAAUCGAAUGACCUCUUCUACAAUCCUCUGUUUGAAAUAAAACAAAUGGAAAGAAAGUCAGUGUUAUUCUCAGAGCAAGUAAAAAUUAUAACUCGCCUACUCUGCUGCUCUCUGCUCACUGCAAAGCAUCCACCUGAUAUAAUCCAGAGUGAAACUCUGGCCAGAAUUGGCUCUUUCAUCAGGAAUCAGCAUGAUGCCGAGCCGAGUAAAUACAUUAAAGAAAUCGUCAACUAUGCCAAUAGACCUGGAAGUCAUGACGAAGGUACCAAGAUUGGCACUUUGAUGUAUCCGUUGAAGAUAGUUGUUACAAAUCUAAUGGCUUGGAAGUAUGUUGAAAAGGAUUUUUCAGAAGUCUUUUCAUUGUAUGAAAAUUUUGCUGUUGCACUAGAUGUUGAUAUUUUUUCCAAUCCUCCACAGAUCGAGCCAAUAAAAGGUAAGAAGUAUUCAGGAAGCUGGUUUGCAAUAGCAGUCAUAGAUGUCUUCACAAAGAACAAGAAACACAAUCCCUGUGCUAAAGUCAUGCGCAGAUUGAAUCUUUAUAACCUGAACCGAAAUAAGUGGAAAUGGAGUAAUACAAAAGACGAUGAAAAUUUUCAUCAAUGUGUUUUGACCAGGCUUUUUAAAGCACUCAUGGAAAGAAAGGAAGACGAACAGGAGGAAAAAGACGGGUUUGAAAAUGCUCUCAAGCAUCUAGCACUACUGGUCAUCACAAAUAGCAGAGAUGAACAGUGCGAAAGUGAUUUAAUUGAAGUGCUUCAUCUAGACAUCAAUGACAUGUUUGUCAAAUUCUUUGAGGUGAAACUUUUUGACGAAUGUCAAAAAUUAAGCAGAACAUUGCCUGAAUUGAUUCUCCUCAAACUUGACAAGAGCAUUUGGCGUGGGCUUGUUUUUGCUGCAGUGAAGGCAAGUAAGACACAGAAGGAUGAAGAUUAUGCUGUGUCACUUUUGCAGUUGGCUGCGGAAUAUGAGAUUUAUCCACAUCUGCUGGCGAAAGAUGUUACAAAGGAUCUCGUUGUGCCGGUUCCGCUUCACCUAAUCCAAGAAGAAGUUAAACCUUACAUUGAGUUCUAUUUCCGAAACAGGCUUGUCAAAAUUGUACAUGAUGAAAGUCUGGAGGUCUUGCGGAAUCCCGAAGAAGCUUCUUUAACUUUAAAAAUUGAGGCAUUCAAGAUCAAGACCAAGUACUCUCUACCAUUUUUGAAUGACUCCAUGCAAGUAGAAGACAAAGUAGCAACUAUGCAAACAAAUAUCAUACAAAUCCUGAAAAAUUUUGGUAUCUCUGCAAAUAGAACAGAGCUUGGCAUUGUCUCCGUCAACUACAGGUCUUUUUUGGCGUAUAUCAAUUCCAUUCCUCCAGACGUUGUAAGGGCACUUACAGUGUGAGAUCUCACAUUAGGAGGUUUUCUGAUCUCAGGAUUUCUAUUUUUUAAAUAGUCUUUUUUUAUAUUAGUUGGACUGUUACCUACUAAGAAUAAGUUUUUCUUUAUUUUGAGAUUUUAUUGUUGCGGUAUUCUUGCUUUAUGUUAUUAUCAUGUGGUUUUGUAUCAUGGUAUGUUAUUAUUAUUUUUUUUCCCUCUCAAAAAAAGGGACCUCUUGCAAGUCAAAUGGACUGCAUUUUGCAAUUAGGAACAAGGAUUUCUUACUCAGUUUAGAAACAAUGUAUGCACUAUUAGUUUUGCUCUGCUUUUGUGAGCUCUUACGGAUGAGCCAGAAAUUGUUGUACCUAAUUGCAAAACGUAGUCCAAAUGUAAAUGGUCAUAUUCCUUAUCAGUUACGACACAAUUGAAGGUUUUUACCUCUUUAUUGUUCUAUUCUGUCUGACUAUACAGAGCUUUCUGUUAGAGUAAGCUCUGUCGCUGCUUUUAUUUUCUUCAUUUUUUUGCCUUAUUAACUGAAUGAAUGAGCUGUGAAUUCAUUACGGACUUUACUGUAAUGCAGUGAUGUGCCUUUCAUAAAAUAAUUUAAAAUUUCAAGUAUUGUUACCUUAUUUAAAUUUAGCUUAGAGUAUUAGCCUCAGAUUUGUAGGGCAUUGCCGAAGUUUUUGUCUGGUUGUGUUUCACGGAGAAAUAAUUGGUAAAUAUCACAAUGAUUGGAUCAGCAGUAGCAGAAGGGAACAAAUAACAAAAUUGUGUUACGUUUCCUUUGCUUUCAAAUAAAAUGAGUGCAUGUUCUUUUCAUGAAAUUUAUAGAAUAGUUUUCUUUAAUAAGGGACAAUUUUCUUGGGCGGAAAAAACCAAAAGAAUUUGAGCCUUCAGGUAUUUUUGAGAAGAUGAUUAAGUUGCACGAUUUUUACAACUCUUAAACUGCCUUCCACGAAGUUUGAUCCAAGUAUUAGAAAUGCAGCAAUGCCCUCGUGAAUUAUUGUCGGAUUAUGUAACUUUUCCAAUUUUUAUUCCUUUUUUACUCAGAACUUUAACUCUCUUAGUUGUUGUUUUACUUUAUUCUGUUGAAUUUACCUUUGUCUCAGCUAAUUUUUCAACUUGAUUUUUCGUCAGCUUAACAAAAUUGAGACUGAUAUAUGUGGCAAAUCAUAAAUGACUAUUGCGCAGCUUUUUUACCUCUUUCUUUUCAUUUGAAAGAAAUUAUAGUGCAUAUUCCGUUCUAUUAUUGCUGUCAGGCUACUUAUUUUUCUCACCCAAUAUUUUAUUUUUGUUAAUGUUUUAAUUCUUAGAAAUGUAUAAUAGUUACUUUUUGUUUUGCAUUAUGUGAUAGUUUUACAUGUUUUCUUUGAUUUAUGGUGAAACUACCAACCUUUAAACUCACCUAGUUACUGAAGUACUAUGUCUAUUCAGAAUUUUUAUUCCUUUUGACUCAUUAGUCUUAUUCUCUCUCUCUUCGUUUUUGUUAGUAUUUAUAAUUAUCACAUAAGGUUUGAAUUAUUUCUGAUUGCUCAUUUUUUUAAGUUUUGUGUUGGCAAAUAUAUUAUUUUUGUAAUCUAUCUAUUAUGAAGUGAUACAAAUUUAUUCAAAUACACACAUAUUUUAAGCUUCUGUGAACCAGUCUUGGAUCAUGUUUAGAGUGAUGAUAGAUUGGGUGCUGACAAACUUUUUUUGUGCCUUUUUAUUCUUCCAUGCCAAGGAAGAACGUCGGAUAAGCCUUGAGGCAUUGCCAAAUUUCUCUUAAAAAUAUUCCUCUUUCAAUUGACCAUAGGAUUUUGUUAACAGUUCAAUCUAAAGUAUCAGUGAAUUUCGAGGAAAGGUACUCAUAAAUUUCUUGAAAAAUAAAUACUUUAUAACAAGAAAUCUGGCAACCUUCGAAUGAUCUCAAGGCGUUUUUCUUUAGCCAUUUUUCCAUGUGUUUCCAUGUUUUUCCAUGUUUUCUUUGAUUUAUGGUUAAACUACCAACCUAUAAGCCCACCUAGUUACUGAAAUAUUAUGUCUAUUCAGAAUUUUUAUUCCUUUUGACUCAUUUGUCUUAUUCUUUCUCUUCGUUUUUGUCAGUAUUUAUAAUUACCACAUAAGAUUUGAAUUAUUUCUGAUUGCUCAUUUUUUUAAGUUUUGUGUUGGCAAAUAUAUUAUUUUUGUAAUCUACCUAUCAUGAAGUGAUACAAAUUCAUUCAUUCAGAUACACACUUAUUUUAAGCUUCUGUGAACCAUUCUUGGACCAUGUCCAGAGAGGCUUAGAGUGAUGAUAGAUUGGGUGCUGACAAACUUUUUCUGUGCCUUUUUAUUCUGCCAUGCCAAGGAAGAAUGUCGGAUAAGCCUUGAGGUAUUGCCAAAUUUCUCUUAAAAAUAUUCUUCUUCCAAUUGACCAUAGGAUUAUGCUAACAGUUCAAUCUAAAGUGUCUGUGAUUUUCAAGGAAAGAUACUCAUAAAUUUCUUGAAAAAUAAAUCCUUUAUAACGAGAAAUCUGGCAACCUUCGAAUGACCUUACGGCAUUUUUCCCUAGUGCGGCAGAAUUAUGGGUUGAAGUUUGUGUAGCUUGGAGCUGAGGAUGUUUCAGCCCUCGAGGUCCUCAAGUUAGUCCAUAUCGCCAUCAGGCAGUAAUUUAUAAUCAUAUUCUCCGAGCCUCUUCCAACAUUUUUGAUUCUUUCUCCUCCCUUUUUUUACACCAGAACUUUUAUUAUUGUGAGAACGGUCUUUUAUACCAUAUAUAGUUGCGUGUUUGUAUGAGUUGUAUUUUUAUAGUAAAAUGUUCGACUUUGAAAUAUUAA